AUGACCAAGUUCACUGUCCAUCCAGGCGAACACGAGGACGUGACUCCGUGGCGUGGCGCGCUCCCACCGCGGGCGUACGCCCCAUCCAACGCCGCACACAAGAGCUUGAAUGGUGAUUGGAAGUUUGCGUUGGAGCCCACGGCGGCGCGCAGUCCCGCUACAGCAGAGUUCCAGAAACCCCUCUUCGCAGACGGAGACUGGGACACCAUCCCCGUCCCCAGCACCUGGGUGCUCCAGGACGGCAAAUACGGUCUGCCGGCGUACCAGAAUAUCCGGUAUCCGUUCCCGAUCGACCCACCGUACGUGCCCACGGAGAACCCCACGGGCUUGUACCGCCUCGAGUUCGACCUGCCUUUGGACUGGCCGAAAAAUGGCAAGACGAUUCUCCGCUUUGACGGCAUCGAGUCGUGGGCCAAGGUGUGGCUUAAUGGCACCGAGUUGGGAACAACAUCGGGAUCACGCUUGCCUACCGAGUUUGACGCGCCUGUGCACGCACACAACAUCCUCGCGGUACAGGUGCACCAGUGGAGCGCAGCGUCGUACGUCGAGGACCAGGACCAGUGGUGGCUGCCUGGCAUCUUCCGCGACGUCACCCUCAUCCACCGCCCACCCAAGGCGGUUCAAGACUACUUUGUCCAUGCCGACUAUGACACGGACGGAUCCGGCAAGCUUAUGGUUGAAUGCACGCCACGUGGGACUGUGCGGGUUCCAGAGCUCAAUAUCGACAUUGGAACUGGCGAGUCGCUUCACAUUCCCAAGAUUGAGCCUUGGUCCGCUGAGAUUCCUCGCCUGUACGAGGCGGAACUGGACACUGGAGUCGACGGCGAGGUGGUCCCCUUCAAAAUCGGAUUCAGGAGCGUCACGAUUGAGGAUGCACAGCUCAAGGUCAAUGGGCAGCGUAUCCUGUUCCGCGGCGUCAACCGACACGAGUUCCAUCCUGAGACGGGACGGACGCUCGACCUCGAGACGAUGAGGCAGGACAUUGUGCUGAUGAAGACGCACAACAUCAACGCCGUGCGCUGCUCGCACUACCCGCCACACCCAGCCUUUCUCGGUCUGUGCGACGAGUAUGGACUGUGGGUGAUUGACGAGGGCGACUUUGAGACCCACGGCUUCGAGAACGUCGAGUGGAAAGGCAGCCCAGCUGUCGAGGACAUGUGGACAGAGAACCUGGUGAACCGCACAGAGCGCAUGUUUGAGCGAGACAAGAACCACCCGUCGGUGGUUAUCUGGUCGCUUGGCAACGAGGCAGGGUUUGGACCCAACAUUGGCCGCAUGGCUGAGGCCAUUCGCAAGCGCGACUCGCGACCAAUCCACUACGAACGCGACCUGAUCGGACAGUACGUCGACAUCUUCUCGCGGAUGUACGCGAGCCAGGAGCUUUGCGAGAAGAUUGGCAAGGGCGAAGAGAAGGCCGAGGAUGAGAUCGAGACGGGCCGUAUGCUGUUCUCGGAAGAACAGCUCAACGACAAGGUUCUGGAUGCCAAGCGCCUCGCCAUGCCCUUUAUUCAGUGCGAGUAUGCUCAUGCCAUGGGGAACGGCCCCGGUGGGCUCAGCGAGUACCAGGAUGUAUUCCACAAGUAUCCCCGUACGCAAGGCGGGUUUAUCUGGGAAUGGAUCGACCACGGCAUCCUACAGCGCACCAAGGACGGUCGCGAGUACUAUGCGUACGGCGGCGACUUUGGUGAGGAGAUCCACGACGCCAAUUUCGUAUGCGACGGUCUGCUGUUUCCCGACCGCAAGCCGUCGCCGGGCCUGAUCGAGUUCAAGAAGGUCAUUGAGCCGGUCGAGAUUACGGGCAAAGACGGCGAGGUGUCCGUCCUGAACCGGCAUGACUUUGCCGACACAUCUGCACUCGAGUUCACGUGGCGCCUCGAGAGCGACGGCCAGCUCGUGGAGGAGGGCACGUUCGAUAUCGCGCCCAUCAAGGCCGGCGAGACGAGCUCGGUUGCCCUCCCGGCUCUCAAAGCUGGAGGCGAGGCUAUGUACACUGUCUCGGCGCGGCUCAAGGAAGACACUGCCUGGGCGAGGGCCGGACACGAGAUUGCGUGGGGCCAGAUCCCCCUCGGUGCCAAGCCACCAAUUACUGUCGUGGAGGCGACGGCCACACCCAAAGUGCAGGACGGUACAAUCGUGCUUGGGCCAGCACGCCUUCGCCUCGUGGACGGACAACUGACGCAGCUCGGUACGCAGAAUGUGACGUGUCUCAACCUGGACAUCUGGCGGGCGCCAACUGACAACGACGUGUGUUACGAGAAACACUGGCGUGCGGCGGGAUACGACCGAAUGAAACACCGCACAGACACCGUCGAAGUGACAUCCCGUUCCGUGAUCGUGACAACACGCGUCGCAGCUGCCGACACAGGUCGCGCCCUUGUCACCGUCUACACCUACACUUCUGACGGGGAGACCUUACACGUGAGCGUGGACGUGGUACCUCAGGGCGAGUUCUCGGCUCCUCUCCCCCGCCUCGGCCUCCUCCUGGGCCUGUCCGACCUCGACACCGUGAGAUGGUUCGGCCUCGGACCCGGCGAAGCGUACCCCGACUCAUACCGUGCGCAGCGCCUCGGCAUAUUCGAGAGCUCCAUUGACGAGUGGCAGACACCAUAUGUCUACCCGCAAGAGAAUGGGAACCGGGGCGGUGUACGCCGCGCCACAGUGUCUGGUGCGAGGGGCGGAGUGACCAUCGCCGGCGAGUUCAACCUCGGCGUCAAGCGAUGGACAAGUGGCCAACUCGCGGCUGCUAGACAUACGGUCGACCUCGUGCCGGGCGACAAUGUGUGGAUCAACAUUGACCACGCACAGAACGGCCUGGGUACCGCGGCAUGUGGGCCGCGACCCCAGGAUCGGUUCCUGCUCGUCGCUGAGAAGACGGGAUUUGCCAUCGCCCUCACUCCUACGAACAGGUGA